GCAACUCCUCGGCUCGCAACAGAGAUCGAGUAGUUGAGUUUGUUCUGUUACAAGUAGUCGAGGAUUUGAUUGCAGCGAAGAACAGAAGAAAGAAUCGAGCAAAGAAGAGUACAAGUGCCAGAAUCAGCGGGAGGGGGGCUCUGCUGGUGGUGGUGGGAAACAGAAGGACAAGUUCGACGAUGCUGGCCUGCGUCGCGUGCUCCAAGCACGAGCAGGGAGACGGCGAGGACCAUUCGGCUGCACCUGCACCUGCACCCAACAAACCAAGCUCCAGAGACGCCGUCAAAAGCCUCACAUCUCAGUUAAAGGACAUGAUGUUGAAGUUCUCCGGCACGCAUCGCCAUUGCAAAGGUAGCAGCUCGUCGUUGGGCAGGAGCAAGAGCCUCCACCAUCACCACUACCAUCACCGCAGCUCCUACGUUGACAGAGACGUCGCCUCCGAUGCUGGCAGCCAAUCCGACUGCAUCGGGGCGGCAGGCAGCUCGAGCUCGACGCCUGCAUGGGAUUUUUCGAGCUAUAGCAACAACAAAGUCGGCCUGCAUGAAGAGGAGGGAGGAGAGCAGGAUGUAGUAGCGCCGGAGGAGGAAGCAGAACCCAAGGAGUGGAUGGCACAGGUGGAGCCCGGCGUCCACAUCACCUUCGUGUCCCUUCCCGGCGGCGCUGGAAAUGACCUCAAACGUAUCCGGUUCAGCCGGGAGAUGUUCAAUAAGUGGCAGGCGCAGAGGUGGUGGGGCGAGAACUACGACCGGAUCAUGGAGCUGUACAACGUGCGGAGUUUCAGCCGCCAGGCUUUCCCUAUUCCGCCCGGGUCCGACGAUGGCGAGAGGGAGUGGUCGUCAUCAUUCAACUCGAGGGAUGGGCCAUCCGACCGCGAUCCACUGGUCAAAGAGCGGUUCACCACAAACACGUAUGUCCCACCGUCUACCUCCGGGGAAGCAGCCUACUGCCCGCCUGUCCCCGAUCCCUCCCAACAUCUCCUCCUCCCACAGUACUUCAAUCCCGCAGCCUUCGCUGCUGCUGCUUCUGCGGUUGGUGUCUCGGGAGUGAAGGUAGAGAGCUCCUCCAUGGACGCAUCGAGAACCACCACGUCGUCCAGAGCCUCCAUCUCCAUCAGCAAUGCCAGCGACCUCGACGUGACUGAGUGGGUGGAGAAUGACGAGCCCGGCGUUUACAUCACCAUCCGGGAACUGGCUGAUGGCACCCGAGAGCUUCGCCGCGUCCGAUUCAGCCGAGAAAGGUUCGGGGAGGUCCGCGCAAAGCAGUGGUGGGAGGAGAACAGAGAACGAAUACAAGCUCAAUACCUGUGAUAUUUCUCCGGUUUUGGCGACUCUUAUCUGGUCGGCGAGGACGCGGUAACAGCUGACACCAUACCAACUGAUAGGGAAUAUACAUGAAAACAAGACUGUCGACGAGCACACCAUGCGUUUUGACUGCCUGCUGACUCGAACAUCCCCGGGGUGAGAGAUUUAUAUGGAUGGGCCCUCGUCUUGUGGCCUGAUUUAUGUAACAAAGGAUCGGUGCAGGGUGAAUCCAGGAACCGUCCCAUGGCUCAAGUACUGAAAGGCCUAUGGGAGUGGGUUCUUCCCUUCUCGUUGUUCGUUGAAAUGUGCGUAUGGUUUCCAGCGGCGAUGUCCGGGCGUUUUUGGCUGUUUUAUCUGGGACUACUUAUUGAGGGUAAUAUCAUUAGCGGAGUCGACGGAGAUUGGCCGAACGGAGGCCUUUGGUCUUAAUUCGUUCAUGUCCGCUAACAUCUGUUCAAUAUGGUCAAAGUCCUUAUUUAAGUUGAAGUUAAAGUCUUGGUUUCA